AUACUACCGAAUAGCAGUAUUUUCUCUUUAUCAUAGAGCACCUAAUCCUUUGGGCCGUACGAUUCGGCCCGCUCUAGCAUUUACAGUUUACCGAAGCCGAGUGACAGAGAGGAGGGAAGGGAACAACAAAAAUGUUACUUGAAAUUUAAGAGAUCUUCAAACCCAAUCCAUCGAUCACAUAUCAAUAAGCUAGAGUAAUUAAAUCAAUCCACCGCAGAAUACAUCAGAGAAGAAGAAGAAGAAGAAGGAUGCUGCCUACUGCUUCAACAACAAAGGGCCGAUCGGGCCCUCAAGCCCGGCCGAAUUCGUUUUUCCCCUACCUCCGCAGAAUAGUCAAGUGGCAACAGAUGGAUAUUGAGUACACUUUCUGGCAAAUGCUUAACCUGUGCACAUCACCAAAAGUCGUAUAUCAACACACCAAGUAUCACAAGCAAACAAAGAACCAAUGGGCACGUGAUGAUCCUGCAUUUGUUGUCAUAUGUAGUCUUCUUUUGUCAGUUUCCCUUAUUGCAUACUGUGCUGCGUACGACCAUAGUGCAGGGCAUGCUGUUUUUGUAGUUAUUUCAACUUUGUUCAUCCAUUUCUUUGUGAUUGGUGCAAUUUUGGCUACAAUUUGUUGGUUUUUCACUAACAAUUAUCUUCGAGAAGAAGCUCCAAACAGUUACGUGGUGGAGCAACGGGUGGAAUGGUUGUACGCCUUUGAUGUACACUGCAACUCUUUCUUCCCUAUGUUUGUGCUGCUUUAUGUUCUUCAUUAUUUUCUAUCACCUCUGCUAGUGGCUCAUGGGUUUGUUCCUUUACUGCUAUCAAAUGCGCUCUUCAUGGUAGCUGUAUCAUACUACCAUUACCUGAAUUACUUAGGUUAUGAUGUAUUGCCCUUCCUGGAGAGGACCACUUUGUUCCUGUAUCCAAUUGGUGUUGUCCUAGUUCUUUCCCCCAUACUAUUUCUCAGUGGCUUCAACCCAUCGAGAUAUUUCAUGAACAUGUAUUUUAGCCAAAGGCGAUACAUCAGCUAAAAACUUCUUAAGUAACUUGGCACUACCCGAGACGAUCCUGUAAACACAGCAGCUUGAUACUGGUUUUUUCCCACGGGAUAGAUUGGUUGAGAGGAUUCUCGGUGAGACAUGUUAGGCCAUUCGCUGCUGAGGAGUAAAGUAGGAAUUGAGUGCAGAGCUCCUUGAGUGGUUUCUUCCUAACUGGGACAGCGGAUUAGAUUAGCAAACUUGUAAUGUUUUUUUGCUUCUUGAUUGACUCGUAUUCUGAGCUCACUAUCAAUGGCCUGCAAUAGUGAAUGUUCAUAAUAGAGCUAGGCUACACUUCUAACAGUAACGAUUCAGAAAGUAUGCCUGUCCUGUUCCCUUUGUGCUUAGUCAGUUAUAUUCAUUGUGCCUACUGCCUAUAUAUGUGUGUAAACUACUUGUUCAUACAAUUAUACCUUCUACUUUUAUCACAUUUUGUGAGUUUGUUAUUUGCCAAA